AAAAGGACAACCAGGAACUUGGGCUCAGUCUCCACCCCCAGACGGGGCGGGUCCGAUCCUGGAUGAGGGUGUGGCAGCCUGCAGUAGACUCACUCACAGCCUGUCUCCGCGUGCCUGAGAGGAGCUUCUGCUGGGGUGACUGAACUCUGAGCGUGACCUCCUGCCAUGGCGACCAAAGGAGGAACUGUGAAAGCUGCUUCAGGAUUCAAUGCAGUUGAAGAUGCCCAGGCCCUGAGGAAGGCCAUGAAAGGACUUGGUACUGAUGAAGAUGCCAUUAUUGGAAUCCUGGCCUACCGAAACACCGCCCAACGCCAGGAAAUCAGGACGGCCUACAAGAGCAACAUCGGCAGGGACCUGAUUGAUGACUUGAAGUCGGAGCUGAGCAGCAACUUCGAGCAAGUGAUCCUGGGGAUGAUGUCUCCCACGGUACUCUAUGACGUGCAGGAGCUGCGGAGGGCCAUGAAGGGAGCUGGCACGGAUGAGGGCUGCCUGAUUGAGAUCCUGGCCUCUCGUACCCCGGAGGAGAUCCGUCGAAUCAACCAGACAUACCAGCAACAAUACGGAAGGAGCCUUGAAGAAGACAUCUGCUCGGACACUUCCUUCAUGUUCCAGCGAGUACUGGUGUCCCUGUCAGCGGGAGGCAGGGAUGAAGGGAACUACCUGGAUGACGCGCUUGUGAAGCAGGACGCCCAGGAACUGUAUGAGGCUGGAGAGAAGAAAUGGGGGACUGACGAGGUGAAAUUUCUGAGCAUCCUCUGCUCCCGGAACCGGAACCAUCUGCUGCAUGUGUUUGAUGAAUACAAACGGAUCACACAGAAGGACAUUGAACAGAGCAUUAAGUCUGAAACAUCUGGAAGCUUUGAAGACGCCCUGCUGGCUAUAGUGAAAUGCAUGAGGAACAAACCUGCAUACUUUGCUGAGCGGCUUUAUAAAUCCAUGAAGGGCCUAGGCACUGAUGACAGCACCCUCAUCCGGGUGAUGGUUUCUCGAGCGGAGAUUGACAUGCUGGACAUCCGGGCAAACUUCAAGAGGCUCUAUGGGAAGUCUCUGUACUCUUUCAUCAAGGGCGACACUUCUGGAGACUACAGGAAGGUUCUGCUCAUUCUCUGUGGAGGAGAUGAUUAAAAGCAGACACAGGACAGAAGGCUUCUUAACACUGAUUUAUUUUUUAACUUCAUUUUUCUGCACUACUAUUAGCAUUACCUCAAAUGCUUAUUUCCAAUGAAAACGCCUCCAGUUGCCUCCUGGGAUCCAGACUGCGUUAUUAUCGUCUAUAAUUAGUCAUCUUGAUGCCUUAAACUUGUACUUCCAAAGCUUUUAAGACCUAAAUGGAGA